AUGUCUGCUACCAACGUGGAAAAGGCCCCCGAGACCGCCGCCAACGACAUUGCCAACACUCUAAACAACAUGUCAAUCAACGAGCAUGCCGAGGACAAGGCCGCCGCCAACGAGGCUGCUUCGGCCAGUGCUGCCGAAGGUCGCCGCCUGUACAUUGGCAACCUGGCCUACGCCACAACGGAGGGGGAGCUGAAGGACUUUUUCAAGAGUUAUCUUGUAGAGUCCGUCUCGAUCCCCAAGAAUCCUCGCACCGACCGUCCUGUCGGCUAUGCCUUCGUCGACCUCUCCACCCCUACCGAGGCCGAUAACGCCAUUGCCGAGCUCUCAGGCAAGGAGAUCCUGGAGCGCAGGGUCUCCGUUCAGCUGGCUCGCAAGCCCGAGGCCGCCGGCGAGAAGACGGACGGUACCAACGGUGACGGAAUCGUCCCCGAAGGAUCCCGCCGCCGCUCAUCCGCCCGUGGCCGUGGCCGUGGUCGCGGACGUGGCGGUCGCGGCACCCGUGGCGGUCGCGCCGGCGAGUUCGGCGACGACGGCAAGGACGGUGAGGUUUCUGGAAUCGCGCCCACCGAUUCCGAGGCCGCUCCGCUUGCGGCAGGAGCCACCAAUGAGGUGCACCCAUCGAAGGACAUGACGAACCAGAGCAAUGCUGACGGCGACGACAAGGCAUCCAAGACGCAGGCCAGACCCCCGCGCGAGCGCCGUGAGCGUGGCCCCCCAGCGGACGGCAUUCCCUCCAAGACCAAGGUCAUGGUCGCCAACCUGCCUUACGACUUGACUGAGGAAAAGCUCGUGGAGCUUUUCAAGGCAUAUGAGCCUUCCUCGGCCAAGAUCGCUCUCCGUCCCAUUCCCCGAUUCAUGAUCAAGAAGCUCCAAGCCCGUGGCGAAGCACGCAAGGGUCGCGGCUUCGGCUUCGUCACGCUUGCUUCGGAGGAGCAGCAGCAGAAGGCUGUCGAGGAGAUGAAUGGAAAGGAGAUUGAGGGCCGCGAGAUCGCCGUCAAAGUGGCCAUCGACAGCCCCGACAAGACGGACGAGGAGGCCAACGCACCUGCGGGUGAGCACGGGGAUGACGGAAACGAGGCUUCCCAGGCCGUCAAGGAGACUGCCACCUCCGCUUAA